AAUUUCGACGGCCAGCUUUUGGAGGUGGUGCGUGUCGCUCUUUAAAAGGAGUGGUGUUUUCCAUUCGCACUUAUCACUAGCUACAAGCUAACCACUCUCCUCUCUCUCUCCCCCCCACUCCCCACAUUUUGGAUAACUGGCUCCGAAAAAUGGCAGAGAAGAUCUCAACUUUAAUUCUCAAAGUAGAUCUUGAAUGCACAAUCUGCUCCAAGAAAAUUAGGAAGGUACUCUGCAAACUCCAAGAUCGAGAAAACAUUCAAUCUGUGGUGUACAAUGAAAAAGAGGGCAUAGUGCUCGUCUCCGGCCCAUUCGAUCCCAAGAAGCUUUCCAAGAAGCUCUGCUGCAAAGCCUGCAAGGUCAUCAAGGAUAUUCAGAUCAAGGAGAACAAACCCGAUAAACCGACUCCACCUGCUCCGCCUCCACCCGAACCCGCACCACCACCAAAACCCGCACCACCACCACCAAAACCCGAACCCAAACCUGCUCCGCCUCCACCAGCUCCCGAGCCUGCACCGAAGCCAGCGAAACCACCACCCCCGCCCGCACCAUCAAAGCCCGAUCCUCCAUGUUAUCCGUACCCAUAUCCGUACCCGUACCCGUACCCCUAUCCUACGGUUUGGCCUUCCGUUCCAGUAUGCGGAUGCCAUGGCUGGUGCACAUGCAAGCCUGCUGCAGAGCCUCCGCCGGCGCCGCCGGUGGUUCCAACUUGUGCUGCGCCAUGCUAUGAUGGUUGCAGAACUUGCAAAUUCAUCUGCGAGGAAGAGCCAUCAGCCUGCUCGAUCAUGUGAUCUCUCCUUCAGAUUGUAAUUUGUGUUAUUUUUCAACGGAGUACGAUAAUAAAUGGGAAAGUAACGGCGAACAAAGUAGGAAGAUUACCAUUAAUAAAACAAGAACAAUAAAGAGGAAAGAGGCAAAGCAGAGCAUCCUUGGGGAAAUUUUGAGCCAGAAUAUUUCUAUUUAAAUUUAAUUAAAUAAAGUUUAAACUCAUUAAAUUUAUUUUGAAAUGAGCAUAUACUCAUCCAAAAAUAAAUUUAAUAAUUUGAAAAUUUAUUUUAAUUAAAUUUUAAUAAGUAUAGAUAUUCUGAUAGAGGGAAAAUGACAUACCAGCUACCGACGGGAGUGUUGGGAUGGAGACUGCGGAGCUACCGGAGGAUGAGUGGCGUCGUGGCGAUGGCAUUUAAUGCCACCGACUUUUGUUUAUUUUCUAUGUAAAGAGUAAAGCUUAAGCCUUUGCUAGUUUGCUUAGCUUUUCUUUAAUAUGAUGAAAGUAAAUUGUUUUUCUUUUCUAUUAUCUUUUGCGUUCUGUUC